AUGCAAAUCUACAAACUUCUUCAAUUUAUUGCCAACUUCAACUUUAUUAUGCUCCUUAUUGUUCCACUUGGUUCUUUUGCGGAAUCACCCCCAAUAUUUCCUACAGAAGAAGAAGCUAAGGUAAAACAAAGAAAAUUUCUCUUCUUUUUUCUUCCCAAACCUCAAAAAAAUUUUUUUUUUAUUUUACAGGAUGAAUGUUGCAUGGACGAUGGGAGGCUUGUGGACACUUCUUUUGCUGGGGCAUUGGCUGCACUUAUUAUGAUAUUUUUUUGGCACAUUCUUCGCAUUUUUUGCAUUUCUCGAAUGGCUGCAGCUCAUCAUCCACCAUCAAAACUUCCUCCUCCACCUAAAGAAUCUUCUUCCUCUUCUACCAACGUUGACAGUUCACCAUUAUUAUUAUCAAAACAAUAUGUGCUGGAAGUGAGAGAAGUGCCUGGGGAAGGAGGGGGUAAAGGCACGAAGUGA